AUGUACUUUGUUCAUUUCCUUGGUUGGAAGAGCAGGUAUGAUAGAGAGGUCUCCGAGGAUUUUCUUUUGGAGGAUACUCAAUUUACCAGGAAGCUGAAAGAGAAAAUUGAUGAAAUUAUUACCAAUGUUAAUGAUAAAGCGGAAAGAAUAAAAAGGAUUGACACCGUUCUCCAGCACGCAGCAAUGGCUCCUGAGGAUGUUGACUGGGAAACGCUGCCUGGUACGUGGCAAAAUGUCGGCCAGACUGCCAGGACCAGUACUGCAAUCGCUCCUGCCGUGGAACAAUUGCCACCUUCAUCGGAUUCUUAUGAAGAGCCAGAGGAACGUGAUGCAGAUGCUAUUGCCCAUUCCAAGUUCGAGAACCUCGAAGCUCAUCUACAAUUUGCACCAAAUGUAAAGCUUCCAGACUCUCUAUUUUCGAUACUAGAAGGCCAUUGUCGUUCUCAUGAAAUCGCUCAGGGCUCACAGACUAGAAGGGCCACACCUACUCCUUCGUGGUGUUCUGUACUGUAUCUUCUUCAAAUAUACGUGAACGGAUUCCCCUAUUGCAUGAAUGCGAAUAAACCCACUGGGCUUAAUAGAACUGAUAUAAACUUAUUCCCUCCUGCCGUACAUCGAGAGCGAUUUUCUAAAAAGGCCGCAGGCGCUUACGCGAAAACAGAUCGGAGUCGACGCAUCUGUGCUGAGUUCUGCUCUAGCGUUAGGAUUCUUUUUGAUGCCCUCCUUGUGGAGUAUCUUUUGUAUCCCAAUGAGGACAGGAAGCGGGCACCCUUUGGUAAGGAGGGCCAGGUCAUACCACAGGGCGACCCGUUCACCAUCAUACCUCUUGAGGAGAUCCAGCGAAAUCCCUCAUACCCCUGCCUCAUCUACGAGUCAGUUUACAUCCUCAGGCUCAUUGGUGAGUUGGGGUUGUGCUACACUCUUCCUCCUCUCCUCCUCCCCCCCCUCCUCCUCCUCCUCCUUCUUCUUCUUCUUCUUUCUCCCCUUCUUCCUCACCUUCCUCUUCUUAUUUGCGUUGCACGGUAG